AUGGCCUCCUACAUGAACGCCAGCGAAGCCUUCGUCCGCGAGAAGCUCGACGCAAACACAGCGCACGCGAUUCCCGAAUCAUCAUGGGCCAACAAAUAUCGUGGAGCCACAGUUGAAGACUUAGAUCCACCUCCAGCGCUCUCCGUCUCCCCCAGUACCCCUAUAUCAGCGGCGCUCCUCGCAGCAUUCGAACGCGACUACACACACCUCACUGUUACCUCGUCCACGCACCGCUCCCUCCUCGGAUACCUUAGCAUUCCGCGACUGAAGGAGCUCCUGGCAGCGGGGACGGUCAAGGAAUCGGAUACUGUUGCGGCUGCGAUGCAGCGCUUUAACCGGAAACGCGGCACGUACGAGGUUAUCACCAUGGAGACGCCGCUGGAGGAGUUGCAGCGGUUCUUUGAAAGUGAUACCGGUGCGAAUGGGGAGAAGCGAGAGAAACAGGAUUUUGCGGUCGUCACGGAUGUGGAGCGCAAGUUUGUGCUGGGAGUUGCCACCAAGGCUGAUUUGGAGGAGUUUGUCAGGAGACGGCCAUAG